AUGGCGGGAUCACCUGCGGUUUCUGAAUUUACACAUUUAAAAUUACUGAAUGCUUUGGGACAAAUUAAGAAUUUUAACUGUUUUGCGCUUAUUUGUAAUAAGAUAUCAAAUAGCAAUGCAUGUGAAUCUGAGUCGUUCGAUGACGCCUUCUUAACAAGGUUUCGAUUCCCAGCCUAUGUUAUUGAUAAAUCUAAAACAAAUCAGAGGGAAAAGUGCCCAUGCUGUUCAGAAAAUCUUACUGGCAUAUUUGGUGAAACUUCUAUAGGUAACACGGAAGUUUGGCAUGGACCAGUAGAUGCUAUAAUUACAGGAUCAAGUUUGGUCAAGUUUGGUAGCCUCAGUUUAGAUGAAGGUUCAGAACUAUCUCCAUCUCAUUCAAAUCCUGGUGAUUCUGAAGUGAAGAAAGAUUUCCAUGAAAAAGAUACUCAUCAGAUAUUGUCACAGACAAUAACCUUUUCCUUUCUCCAGAAUUUAAUGCAUCCUGGAGAAAUUCCGCUGUAUCCAAAUAUUGUAAUUAGGCAAAAGGCUAUCCAACUGCACUUUUACGACAGUGUAAAUGACAUAUUAAUUGAAUCAUAUGAAGAAAACUAUUUGAUGAUGAUGACCUUAACUGGGUAGUUUUAAUUGCUUUGUGGUUAGUUGUUAACCAUUCAGUAUUUUGCUCCGGAAUAACAAAAUCUAUGAAAGCCUGUAAGUUCAGAGCUGACUUUUUGAGAGGUGAGGAACAGAAUAUUAUAGAAAUAUAUAAAAGGAAGUUGACAUACCAUUGUGGGGAAGUGGAGAAGAAAGAGCGCAUGACUUUAAAGAAAUUUAUUGCUGAAGCAAAAAAAGCAAAAACAUUAAAGUAUCAUAAAGGUGAUUUGCCAUUUAAAAUAAAAUAAAAAGUUUGCGAGCA